AUGAAAGGAGUUGUAUCAGUGUUUCCUAAUAGAAACAAUGACAUGCUUACGACAAGAUCAUGGGACUUCAUAAAUUUUCCUCAAUCGAUCAAAAGAAAAACAGUUGAGAGUAGUAUCAUUGUUGCUGUAAUAGAUUCCGGAAUUUGGCCAGAAAAAAUCAUUGGAGCAAGGUAUUACAAAAAGAAUGGUCACUUCUCCACCGAGGAUGUUCAAUCUCCAAGAGACACCAUUGGUCAUGGAACUUAUAUGGCCUCAAUAAUUGCGGGCAACAUUGAUAAAUCAGCAAGUUUUUUUGGCCUAGGUACAGGUACAGCUCGAGGCGGUGUCCCAUCUUCGCUAAUUGCCGCAUAUAAAGUAUGUUGGUCCUCUGGUUGCGACGAUGCCGACAUCAUUGCAGCAUUCGCUGAUGCAAUCACAGACGGUGUAGACAUAAUAUCAAUUUCUAUGGGAGAUGAAAAUCCUAUAAGCUAUUUUACGAAUUCUUUAUCUAUUGGGAGUUUUAAAGCAAUGAGAAAAGGAAUUUUAACGGAAGUGCCAAUAGGAAAUAAGGUCGGUGCAAGCACUAUUGAUCGAAACUUCAUUAGCAAUUUAGAAAUGGGUAAUGGUGUGGUUGUUAAGGGAGUUUCAAUAAAUAUGUUUGAUGAAACUGAUUUCUACCCUAUGGUGUAUGGUUCUGAUGUGCCAAAUAAUAGAAUGAAUGUUUCCAGCAACGUAUCUAGAACGUGCAAAAGAAACUCACUCGAUACUACAUUAGUAAAGGAUAAAAUUGUUAUUUGUGACGAAUAUAAUAUAGGGACAGAAGCUCUUUCUGUUGGUGCAACUGGUAUGGUGAUACGAGCUCGUGAAAGAAAAGAUGACUCUGAUGCGUUUGUCCUCCCAACAACUUAUGUUUUCGGAUACGAGGACAACCGAAUGAGUAACUAUUAUAUGAGAUUAAGAGAGAAGAAUAUGACUCCAACUGCAAGAAUAUUCAAGACUAAAGGAGGUAUUGAUUCUUCGUCACCAUAUAUUGGAUCCUUCUCAUCUAGGGGACCGAAUCUUAUAACACCUGAAAUCCUGAAGCCGGAUUUGUGUGCGCCUGGUGUUCACAUCUUGGCAGCAUGGACACCUUUGAAUUCUCCUACUAAGGAACAAAUUGAUAAGAGAAGGUCACCAUAUAACAUCUUAUCGGGCACUUCAAUGGCAUCUUCACAUGUUGCAGCUGCAGCAGCUUAUGUCAAAUCUUUUAAUCCAUCACUGUCGCCAACCGCUAUAAAAUCCGCUCUUAUUACCACGGUCUCAAAGAUGAGUGAAACAACAACUCCUGAUGUAGAAUUUGCUUACGGAGCAGGCCACAUAAACAUUGCUAGUGCCAUUAAUCCCGGCCUUGUGUAUGAUGCCAAAAUAGUUGAUUAUGUGCGGUUCUUGUGUGGGCAAGGCUACACAAAUGAGCAAUUGUAUCUUCUUACAAGUGAACAUACUUCUUGCACCACUUAUGGGAGUACAAUUUCUUCGAAUCUUAACAUGCCUUCAUUUUCUAUCCCUGUUUCUCGUUCAGCUCGAUUUAAUGUCACCUUGACUAGAAAAAUUACCAAUGUGGGAACGGAAUCAUUUACUUACAGUGCCGUGAUUUCGUCUCCGCCGUCGGUACAAAUAAGAGUGGUUCCCAACAGACUUUCAUUUUCUAGGGUUGGAACAACUGUACAAUUCACAAUGAUUGUAGAGGGAAUGCUUACUAGAGAGAACAUGGUUUCCGCAUCUUUGUCUUGGAUAGGUCCCAAAAACACAGUGAGAAGUCCUAUUGUUGUAUUUGUUAGAGAACAACCAUGA